UACUGGAAAAAGUCUAAUCGCGAGGGGGAGGUGGAAAAAAAAAUAGCUGAAGUGAAGAUGGCGAGAGGCUCCCGGUGUUUGCGGAGAGCGGUAGCGGAGUGUAUUAAACAGUUACCGUUCACAGCUACUCGAGAAACACCGGGCAGGAAUGGAGUGAGAUAUCUGUCAUCGUGUGGGAUUCUGAUGACUAGGGUGCCUCCUCUCCUGCGCACCGUGUCUGGCCGUCCUGUGCUCAAUCCAACCAGAAGCUUUUUCAACUUCACCGAUUCAUUUAACAAAAGGAAAGAAUACUCUGAGAGACGCAUCAUUGGGUAUUCCAUGCAAGAGAUGUAUGAAGUAGUGUCCAAGGUUGAAGACUAUCUUCACUUUGUGCCCUGGUGCAAGCGCUCAGAUGUAGUUUUCAGGCGUUCUGGUUUCUGUAAGGCCAAGCUAACUGUGGGCUUUCCUCCUGUGGUGGAGAAUUAUACGUCUCUUGUUACAACAGUGCGUCCCCAUUUGGUGAAGGCUUCAUGUUCAGACGGUAAACUGUUUAAUAACCUGGAGACGGUGUGGCGCUUCAGUCCUGGCCUACCUGGCUACCCCCGUACAUGCACCCUGGACUUUGCUAUUUCCUUCGAGUUCCGCUCCCUGUUACAUUCUCAGUUGGCCACCAUGUUCUUCGACGAAGUAGUUAAGCAGAUGGUGUCAGCGUUUGAACGACGGGCCUGCAAACUGUAUGGUCCAGAGACACAGAUCCCACGCGAGCUAAUGUUCCAUGAGAUCCACCACACGUAGCGUCUCUCCACGCAAAGAGGCUUCCAGGGUGGGAGGGGCAUUAAGGAAAUUCUGGUUAAGAGAAUUUUUGGAGAGAGGGAGCCAUCACACACAACUUCAUGUGCCUCAGUAUCUUCAGUGCCUGGUCCAAACAAAACCAUUUGAUUUUACAUUUUUAUCCUAAGUUAUUUUUGAGGCUGGAUCUAAUUUAAGGGCUUAAAGUUGUUGGGCGAGAUACUGCAUCACUCCAUCUCUAACAAUAUUUUAGAGCUGCAUUUUGAGCCGUACUGUUUAAUGGCAGCUGGAGUAUGUGGAAGGUCUGUCAAGUGAACAGAUAUUGGUUUUGGGAAUGGGGCGAAAAGAGAUGGAGACGGUUAUUUGGCAUGUGUGAGAUUGGGAAUUUGGUAAGAUUGAACCAGGCUUGUUUUUUUUCCACAAGUUACUUUUUGAGUCUUCUUGUAAGCUUUUUUGCCAUGUUUUAUUUUUUUAUUUUUAAAUAAACACACACAAACUAUUUCAGAACAGCUGGACUUGUCCAGCACGGGUGGUUGCGCCCAUAAUCAACAUCAGUAUUUUUUUUGAACAGUUUUUGUGUUCACAAACUCACAAGGAGACUUUAAAGGGGACACUGCAUGCUUGCUUGUACUGCUGCAGUGGCUGAAUGUGUGCAUGCAUUUAGUCAGUGCAGCAUGUAAUACUGACGGGCAGCAAUCCUUCCACACGAGCAUCAGCAAGUCUUUCCAUGACACAGGUUCUAUGAGAAAAACAAAAAACACUACACUCACAUGGCGAUAAUUUUUUCCACCAUGCUGAGUGGUGAAAUGGUUGCCAAGUCUGGAGGAGUGAUGUGAAGUUGGCACAUGUUUAUAGUUUUAAUGCUAAACGUCCAUUAACGGGAGCACAGUAUAUGUAACAUCUUAUGGUGUGUCUCAAGUGUCCAAAUCAACGGACAAAUGUUUUAUUGUAAAAGUGUUCUAUAUAGCUAUAUAUAUAAAAUGUGUAUGUAAAGUUAGAUUUUUAACAGAUAGAUUCUUGCAACUUUAUUAAAGGGGCCCAAACUCAGGGGGCUAAUGGGGAAACUACACUUCAUGGCUCUCGUGAGAUAUCUGCAACCUUUGACCUUAAAGAUUUCGAUCGACCUGCAUGCCCUUACUGCUUUUAAACCUAGCACAUUAAAUAUUUAUCAUUGUCUUUAAACAUUUAUUCAUAGACAUCAUAUAUGAUAUAUUUAUUUUGGUUAUGGGAAAACCACAUGUAUAUAACUAAUGUAAGACCACAGACUAGAACACAGUGUAUAAUAGGUUUUUGUUUCUUGUAGUAAGGCUUUAUUUUAGUACAUUUGAUUUGGGUGUUUGAGUGUUGUGGCGAGUGCCUGCAUGGUUUAUAAACUAUUUUUAUAUUUAAAAAAUCAGGCUUUUUGUGUGGUGUGGUCUCUAUGCAGUAUCUUGUUUGCCAGCAUCCAGUUCAGACUAGUUUUACCUUAAAUAGAUGGGUCAUGUGCAAGAUAAUAUUAGACACCUCUAGCUAUGUGCUUCACAACAGCUGGUGGAUGGAUAACGGACUCUAACUUUACGUUAAGUUGCAUAUUAAGAGUGAAAAUAAACAAGUCUGGAGACUGUGACAAAUUAUGACAAUGUACAUAAAAUGUUUCUCCAGUUACUUGUUACUCCAGUGUCCAGAAUGGCUAGAAAUGGCUGUUUUGAUUUAAUAAAACAAAUUGUCCAUUUUUUUUCUUAUAAAGAGAAAUAAAUUGAGAAAUGGGUCUGAUUGAUUUCAAAACAAUGUUUGCCUUUUGGACAUGGGGAACAUUUAAAGUGUCACUAGACAAAAUAGGUUAAUUUAAUUCAUUAAAAGGCAUUGGUGAAUAUCAUGCAGGUAUAAUCCAUGACAUCAACAGAAGCUGACUAACUCAGGAAACGUGACACUGCACCUCCAUUACACUUUAGAUAUUUUAGAUUCUUAAAGUGCCAAACUACCUGUAACACAAGCAAGUCUAACACAUUGGAAACAACCAUCUGCGGUUAUUGGCAGACAACAAAAAAAAAACUUAACUUGAACACUCCAGUUCUUUUGAAACAACGUUUUAUUAAAUAAAAAAAAAAAAAAAAAAACAAUUACUAAGUAUUGUACAAAACAUUUGAUUACUGUCACAUUUGUAAAGUAAUUGAAGAAAAAAAAAAAAAAAGAACGAACGAAACACAACUGAAGGAUUAUUCACUGAAAAGGUUGUUCUAUGCUGUACAGCAGUCUUAAAACCGCCACUCGACAUACCGAGGAGGAUGUGCAUUGUAAUAUUCUUGUGUACGGUUUCUUUAAAUCUGCUGUGCAACAAGGUUAUGCAGUAUUAAUUUCCAAUAGCUCCAGUCACAGCUGAAGAAACACCAACCAUCCCCUAAAGCCAUCAGACAAAGACAAGUGACAGAACGAAC